AUGAAGGUUCUCGCGCCCCUGAUUCUGGCCGGUGCCGCCAGCGCCCACACCAUCUUCUCAUCCCUCGAGGUGGGCGGCGUCAACCAGGGCAUCGGGCAGGGUGUCCGCGUGCCGUCGUACAACGGUCCGAUCGAGGACGUGACGUCCAACUCGAUCGCCUGCAACGGGCCCCCCAACCCGACGACGCCGACCAACAAGGUCAUCACGGUCCGGGCCGGCGAGACGGUGACGGCCGUCUGGCGGUACAUGCUGAGCACCACCGGCUCGGCCCCCAACGACAUCAUGGACAGCAGCCACAAGGGCCCGACCAUGGCCUACCUCAAGAAGGUCGACAACGCCACCACCGACUCGGGCGUCGGCGGCGGCUGGUUCAAGAUCCAGGAGGACGGCCUUACCAACGGCGUCUGGGGCACCGAGCGCGUCAUCAACGGCCAGGGCCGCCACAACAUCAAGAUCCCCGAGUGCAUCGCCCCCGGCCAGUACCUCCUCCGCGCCGAGAUGCUUGCCCUGCACGGAGCUUCCAACUACCCCGGCGCUCAGUUCUACAUGGAGUGCGCCCAGCUCAAUAUCGUCGGCGGCACCGGCAGCAAGACGCCGUCCACCGUCAGCUUCCCGGGCGCUUACAAGGGUACCGACCCCGGAGUCAAGAUCAACAUCUACUGGCCCCCCGUCACCAGCUACCAGAUUCCCGGCCCCGGCGUGUUCACCUGCUAA